GCUCACUUGGAUUAACAAUAGAUGUGCUUUAUAAACAAAUUUCUUUACCUUAACACAUUACACUUUCAGUAAAUGUGCGGCUGACAAAGUGGUCACGUGACAGAAAGCUUCAGUCAUUUGAAAAAGAGCAGAUCUGGACAGCAAGGUUUUGUUCGUUCACCAGAAGGACCACGAACAUUUUGGAGAACUCAACGAGGGCGGAAAGUCACGUGGUUUACUCCGUACUCUACUGGGUUUUGUACAAUACGUGCAUUUUGUACUCGAGACUUGAGUGCUACGGGCUUUCAACAGAUGACAACUACACAGUGAUCUCGCGUAACUUCGUGCAAAUCUUGUUUGCAAAUGUGUGUCUCUCGCCCAAGACAUGGAGAACAAAUCUUUUGCGGUGAAGUCUUUGCCGAAUGACGACCAGAAAGACACACCCAAUCAAACGUCGUCUUUCUUGAGAACUGUAAGAACCUCGUCAAAUCAGGAUACAAAAAAUGUUCAAUUGAAACUCAAGAAACUGCUGCAUACUGUAUCUGAAGGGAAAAAGAACAAAGCGUCAUUGUCUACGACUUUGAUCACCGACACGUCAGCCCCCAGCUCUGGGAAAGGUGAUGAGAAGGAGCCGGUGUUGACGACUUCAAAUUACCCUCCGGUUUGUUCUUCCCAAGCAGAUGAUAAGCAAACUGUUAUCCUUCGGGCGUCUGAUUAUCUUGCAAGCGGCCAUUUCGCCCGUGGAACGAAAAGGAAUGUGGAGACAACGUUGUCUACAUUGUCUAAGACUGUUAUUAAAACGUUACCAGCCGUGAAGACUGGCACUCAAAACCAGAGGCUCAAAACCAGUCACGUGCCUACGAUCUUAUCCGUACCUUCUUCGCAUCCAGCGACAAUUAUAAAUACAGCUCCGAGUUUGGGCAAUUCUGGUAGUUCAGCAUUCGGUAUUGUGACGUCACAGAGCAGAGAUGGUGUUACAGCGAGAAGCAAACCGUCUCUCAUUGCUCACAUCCUUUCAGAAGACAACAGCGGUACGCCUGCCAGUGUCCAGGACAGUCUGUCACUGUCAGGGGCACACGACAACCUUCCCGGGAUCGGGAAAGGGCCCCUGGCUCCGUUUCCCAAAGAGGAGAAAAUGCCAGAUCCAUCAACACCUAGCGCAGGUCAAGAUUAUGUCGACGACAACUUUUUCUACGAUUGUCUGUACGGCCCUUGCGGACUUGGGAGCGGGCCUGAUUGGGACAUGGAGCCUACUUUCUCGGACAGUCCAGCAAAGAACAUCCCUCCCUCGAUCGCUACAGUUACCCCAACGACCGUGAGCGCCCCAGGGAGCGAGGGGAAAAACAACACUGGUGACGCGGCCAACACGCCGUCUUCUCUUCUGAUUCGGGACGAGAACUGCAGCGAUACGCUGCGACAAGACAUUGUGCAGGCCUUGCCGGUGCCCUGUGUCCGCGUGGUGGCGUUCCGAGCCGCCCUGGAUGUGUGUGACGCUGAGGCUUUCCAGCUGAUCUGGGUACAGCUGCCUAGCACCACGACUGACGAAGUGCUCGGAGUGAUUACUUCUAUUAGAUACUCAAGUAAGAGAAACAAAGGUGCUUACGUCAUAGCCGUGACGGAAAACCAACCCGAAGGUACCCUACAGCUGUCUGGUGUAGAUGAAGUUCUCAUGGGGCCAGUUCUGAGGGCAACCAUACGACAAAAGUACCACAAAAUUCGCUGGAUGUCAGCAGCUCGGCACCAGGGUGGUACCAACUUUGUGAAAGAUGCCCCUAAUUCACCUGAAUCAACCAACAGCCUUGCUUCUGUUAAAACGAACGAGUGCAGUCGGUCAUCCACGUGUGACAGCAUGUCCAGUUGUGGAAUGGACAGCACCGAAUUCGGAGCUUCUGACGUGAAAUGCCCCAUGUCUGUGGAUACAAGUGUUCCAGACAAAUCUUCCUCUCACACGGAGCAUGGUCGUAUUGAAAGCCCAGCCUCAGACCGUAGUUCAACGCCAUCUUGGUGCCGCAUGGAGCAUGCCACAAAAGAAAAGCAAAGAAGAGAGCGGAUCAAAGACAGCUGUGACCAGUUGCGUGUUUUACUGCCGUACGUGCGUGGGAGGAAGACAGACAUGGCUUCCAUUCUGGAGAUGACCGUAGACUACUUGAAGAUUAUCAACGCAGCCCUUCCUCAGGAGUUCCAGUCACAGAUCAUCGACAUCAUGAGCAAUGCGAGUCCUAUGAUCGACACUCGAGAGGGAGAGGUGGAGAAGAUGACUAUGGCGAACAAGAAGUUCUUUCGCCGGAAAGGAAGUGGCAUGGACUUUUCUUCCUUUGGAAAACCCUUGCGCUUUGUGAAAAGAAAGCCGAGCAUCCAGGUCGGUGGACCGACCAAUGUGACACCACGUCAAGACGACCAGCCGUUGGUCUCCCGCGCCCAUACAAGCGGACACAUCGACUUGGCAUCUGAGUCAGGCAUGGUGACCCUUAGCUUUGGAAGCAAUCUGGGUACCAAAAACAACAAUUCUGCUGCAACGGUUUCAAAACAAGGCAAGUUGGAGCUAGAUGUAAACUGUUGGUGUGCACCCAUGCUGUGGCUAAGGCUUCAAUUUUUUCAGUUUUGCUUGCUUUACUGUUACUUUUUCUGUCCUCUUAUACCGAAAGAUUCACAGAGGGCUUGA